CUUUAAAUAAGCUUGUUAUGAUUGGGGAAUGUAUAUAUAUAAAGAUUCAGAUGUUCUUGACUGAUUUGAGUGUAGAAAAUUAUUAGAUAGAAUGAUUAGAUAGACUUUUCAGACGGCUGCUGAAAAGUGCUAUCACAGAAAUAAAUAAGAUUUUAAAAAGAAUUAAAAAGAAAACAUCCAUUUGAAAUUGUAAUAACAGUCCAAAGUAUUAUGGUUUUUAGAGUAUUUUUGAUCAAAUUCAAGAAGAAUCCCAUUUAGUGAUUUCAGAGUGGCUGCCUUUUAAAUAUGCUUGUUGUAAUUUAGGGAAUGUAAAGAUAAAUACACAGAUUUAUAUUAUUGCUUUAUAUCAAAGACCAUUAAAAAAAUGUCAUGACUGAUUUUCAAAAUGGUUUCUCUGCACAUGUGUUCUGAUAAAUAGCAAGGAGGAAAUGACUGUAAGAUUACAGAAUUAAUCUUGAUUCAGUUUUUCAUUUAAGCUCAACUUCUUUCUGUUCCAUCGUUUGCAGCUUCAGCCAUGUCACACACUGCUGUACAAGGAAGUAUGGGGAGUCGCUAUGCCACAGGAAUGAGCUCGCAAAGAAUAUAUCUGUUUGAGUACGAGAAUUUCCAAGGGCGCAUGAUGGAGCUGAGCGGAGAGUGCCGUAACGUUUGUGACAAAGGGCUAAACCGUGUGGGCUCCAUCAGAGUGGAGUGUGGGCCAUGGGUAGGUUUUGAGCAACAGGAUAUGACUGGUGAGAUGUUCAUGCUGGAGAGGGGCGAAUACCCUCGCUGGGACACUUGGUCCAACAGCUACCGAUGUGAUCGCCUCAUGUCCGUGCGGCCCGUCAGAAUGGACCCACAGGAUCAUAACAUCUGUCUGUAUGAGUGCAUGAACUUUGAUGGUCGUAAGAUGGAGGUUUCUGAUGAGGACAUCCCAAGUUUGUGGUGCUACGGCUUCCAGGACAGAGUCGCCAGCAUUCAAGUAAAUGGUGGAACGUGGGUUGGAUACCAGUACCCUGGCUACCGUGGAUAUCAGUACCUGUUUGAAUUUGGAUCCUAUAAACACUGGAACGAAUGGGGUGCCAGUCAUCCCCAGAUCCAGUCUGUGCGCAGAGUGAGGGACAUGCAGACGCAUCACAGAGGCUGCUUCGAGAUGGCAUAAGGAAUGAUACGUGGCAUGGACAGCUGCAAAACCCUGCCAGGAAUAUUCAUUGAACCAGAAGGAGGUGCAAUUCAGCACUUCAGCACUUCAGCAUGCUCAACCUUCUCCUGCUUCAUCACACCACAUCUUCUAGAACCUAGAUGUUCAGCUGGUAUUGUGACGAA